AUGGCAGACUCUUUUUUCGGUUUCGACACUACGAUUUUAGAUGGUUUAGAAGAUGGGCUUGAUUGUCCUUUGGAAGAAGAAGAUUUUGGUGAGGAGGAAUAUGAUGCAUUGAACGAUGAAACUUUUGGUUCGGAGGCUACCAUUGGAGAUUGGGAAAAAGAUCAUGAGAAACUUGCAGAAAUUACAGAAUCUAGUAGGCCACAGCAUAAAAGUGUUCCGGAUAAGAAGAAUGGUAUCAGCGUUAACAUCGAAGAUAGUUUAUCGCAUUUAGUAUUAGAUGAAAAAGAAGGGAUUGUACCUAAGCCAGGUGUAUGGGAUAGUCCUAGUAUUAUACCAUUACCCAAACCUCGACCACCUCCUUCUUUGACAACUUCCUUAAAAAAUGUAUGUACAGUGGAAGAAUUGGAAAGAGGUCUUAUCGCUAAUAGACCCCCACCCGGUCUUAUAAAACCAACUCAACUACAACAAAAGACGGAUGGGUCUUUUAUUUUUGAUGCAUUGUCGAUAAAUGACAAACUUCAAAUCAAUGGCUUACCUCCCUCUCGAUUUCCACCAGGAUUGGGUCUACCUGGUCCGCAUCCUAUUAUGAUGCCACCAAAUCUAAGAUUACCACAUUCACCACAAUUCAUGCAACAUCCUAGAUUAUUAUCUAAUCAACCUGGUAACGUAUUGCGAUAUCCACUACCACCACAUGUUAUGCUACCGCAAGGAGUACAAAGACAACCAAUUCAUGGACCAUUUACAAGCAAUUUUCAUCAUCCACCUUAUCCUAAUUUAGGACCUCCACAAUUCCUUCGUCAAGAUCAUCCAAUGAUGCCUCCAUUUCCAAAUAAUCAAGUUGGUCAACAACAUUCUUUUCCACAUCCUGUAAAUCAAAGGAACCAGAAUAGAUUAUUUUAUUCCAAUGAACAAGGGAAUCAUCAGCCAUUUUUUAAGAAUAAUCAAUAUCUUCAUCGUAAUCAUGAUAGAAAUAAUCAAAGAUAUUAUCAUUAUCAACAUCACAAUCAUCCUCAAGGAAUAAAUGGCAUUAAUAAUUCUGGAGAAUAUGAUGAAUAUGCUGGUCUUAUGAGUAGCAGAGAAAAACAAUGGUUAAUCAAUAUCCAAUUACUCCAAUUAAAUACGAAUCAACCAUACGUUGAUGAUUAUUAUUACACGGUAUUUUGUGAUAGACAAAAUAAAUUAAACGCUAAUCAAGAACAGAAGGAUAAAAAACAUAAUAACAAUAACGGAUUUCAAAAAGAUUCUAGAAAUCGCGAUCAACCUCAACAUGUUGCAUCAAAAGUUGUAUAUAUCCCAGCACAGUUUGAGAAUUCAUUAGGGAAGCUGCAAUUCAGUAGUGUUACAGCACCUCGUAAAAUUAUUGAUAUGGAUGUUGUUCCCAAUAGUGAUCCGCAUUCAACAUUACAAUCUCAACAAAAAGACACUAAAAAGACGAGACAAUUGUUCCUUGAAAUUGAAAGGAUGUAUACAAUACUGUUAAAAAUUGAAGAUAUAAAUAAUCCUUUAGCUAUGCUAUCGGAACAACAGCAACAAGAAAGUGAAACAGAAACAAACACUGUUAAAAAAACAGGUGCUGAAUUAAUUUCGAUGAUGUGGACAUCUAUUUCUCAGUUAAUACAAGAUGACAAAAUAGCCAGUAUGCUUAGUAUUCGUAAAGGAAAGACACUGCUAUUGAGAUUUUUACCUCUAAUAAAUGUAAUCGAAUACACUAGCCAAUUGGAAAAUUUAUGGGCCUGUAUAUUAAGAAGUUUAGCAAUUAUUGGUCGUAGAGACUCACAUUUAUUGACAAAUUUUUAUCCCGAGUUUCGAAGGUGGCUUAAUAGUGUACAGAAUUUUAAUACAGUACUUCGACUAACAAGAGCAUUAUCUGAAACAGCUAAUCAACCUGUGAAAAAUAAUAGUUUAGUUUUUGCUGUUGUAAACAAGUUUGGUGUAUCUGUAUUAGCCGCAUUUUUGGAACAUGCAGAAAAGUUAAAUCCUACAAAUGAAACUUUAUCUUCUGAUUGGUCCAAUUUUAUAAUAACUCUUGCUGAACUAAUUGGUGAUACACCACCUUGUGUAACUCCCUGUCAACCAGUUGCUGCAAGUACACUUAAUCAACACUUGAGACGGAUUUUAAGUUUAAGAAUUGACAGGUACAGCGCAUUAGAACUUUUGUUAACUGAUGCCAACUCUUCACGAUAGUGUGAUAUUACUUAUUUCUGACGAUUCUCUAAAAGUUCGUUUUUUAAAAUGCAAAAAGUAACAUGGACUCGCAAAAUAUUUUAUUAUUCUAGUUAGUAAUCUUAUUAAAGUAUCUAUUACCUCUAUGAAUAUAUUCGGAAAAAGAAGAAAGGAGAAAAACAUAAUAAUACUAGAUACUAUAGUUUUACAUGAUAGAAAACAAUUUUAUAUGAGAAAUAUGCGGCGUAUAACAAUUUAAACAUUUGUCUUACAUUAGAUUUUAAAUCGAAUAAUUUUGAAUUUUAUAUAUUUAUACUGUAUAUGUAACUUCGUUCAAUAAUUGCAAGAGAAGAUAUUGUUGUCAUUUUUGUGAUAUUUCAACUAAACUAUAAUAAGAAUAGAAAUUAAAAUCUAACUUCAACUUCUAUAACUUCUAUUUCUGCUAUGAGUUACUUCCUUUUGUGUCGAAAAGCUACAUGUAAAACUGGUAUCUAGUGUAAUCCACAUUGCACAUUAUCUUCCUACAGUAAUCAUUCUUUGUUAUUUAUAACAAAAAUAUAAAUUUUGUGAUUUAUUCAAAUGAUAAGUAAUACGAAAACACAAGUACUAAUAUCAUUGGUAUAACGUUUAAUAAUUAAUUAACAUUUUAAAAUAAGUUCGGUUUUAAAUAUAAACAUGUUCUAAUUUAAAGCGAAUAUAACCAAACUUAUUUAUGUUAUGACUUAGUAUAUUUGCAUGUCAUUAUAUUUUAUAAAUUUGAAUUAUAAAUUUAUAGCUAAGGAGCUAUCAAUUUUAUUUAUUUCUUUUAUUUUUCCUUUUUUCCCCUAUCAGGAAUAAUAAAAUAACUAAUUUCCAAUUUAAUUUAUUUGAAUGUUUUAUAGUAGUACUAAAAUAAAAUUUAAGACCAAUGAUAGUUGUACUUGUAUCAAUUGAAAGAAUAUGAAGAUUCCGAUCUGUAUUGUUAGAUUAUAGGCCACAUUUUGGCUUAAUUUAAAAUAUAUUUUUGUCAGCAUUACUUAUCCGUUACAAUAUCAUACAAAUUUCAGUGUUAUUAAUGUAUGUAGUUAAAAAAUAGAAAUUAGAUGCUCAGCUUUAUGCAAAAACUUAUCACACGUUAACAAAAUGUAUUUUUUUAAAAUCAAAUUAUUAAACACUUGGAGCAUUAUAUAUACAUACAUUUAUAUGUAUAUAUGUUUGAAUUAUAAUUCAGUUGUUCAAACUAAAAUAUUAAAUUCAACUUCCGUAAGUUCCAAAAUAAACAUGUGAUAAUGUUAAAUCUGCUAUAGUUGCGUCAACUUAGAAAAUGUUUGUUUCCUUUUUUAAGUAAAUGUUAUUUAGGACGAAAUUUGUAAUCACUUUAAUAAGGAGUAAUUACAAUUUGCAUCGUAAUGAAUUUGCAAUACUAUAAGAAUCUAAAAAAUGUACACUAUAUAAUGACAUGGCCUUUAGUACAUGAUGUAAGUUGAUUACUUUUUAUUGCUUUAUACAUACAUUAAUACAAUGUAACCUUAUGUACGUCUAGCUUGUACAUAGAGGAAUGCUGAUGAAUGAAUGCCUUCAUAUAUUUUGUAACUGGACGCGAAAAAGUUUUGCUUUUCGCUCUUCAUAAUAUGAUACUGCAUUAUUUUGCAAAAAAGGUUUGAAAAAUUUACAAAAAAGAAAAAAAAUUAAUAAUAGUAAUAAUAAUCUUGUUAUUUUAUAAUUUUAAUAACAGAGUUGUAAAGAUGUAGUUAAUCCAAUUGAAUUAUGAAAGCAUGUAAACAGAAUUAAUAAUGUAGAAGAGCACUGUAUCGCAAUACUGUCCUUUUUAAGUAUAGUAAUAGAUGAUAAAUAUGAUUUCAUUGUAAUAUAUAAUUAUAAUGCUAAAUUUUUAUCUGUGUAUAUAUAACAAGUUUCAAAUGAUGUAUUUGAGAUUUGAAUUUAUCGCAGAUGUUGAAUGAAUAGCUCUUACUUCGAGCUUCAUCAUUUUUUCUUUUAUAUUUAUAUAUGUAUAUUAUAUAUAUAUAUAUACAUAAAUAUAUGGUCAUAUAUUUAAGUAUGAAUCUAAUUCAUGCCUAAAUAUUCCAAUGAAUUUCAUUCAUUUUUGCAUUAGGAACUAUCUUCACGUGUACAUUAUGAACAUAAGAAUUAAUAAUUAUAUAUUUGAAUGGAAAACUCUGUAUCACAUUACGAUAAGCGAUCAUUCAUUUAUAUGCGAUCUUUUGUCACAAACUAAAACUUUGCUCUAAUGUUAUGCGUUAUAUUAUUAUCAUUGCUACUAUGAUGAUUUUUAUUUUCAAUAAGUAGGAAUAUAAUAUUAUUAAAAUACUUAAUGCACAAAAUUUAUUUGGUAGAAGACAUGAUACUAUUUGAUAUACAAAAAAAAGAAAGAAAAAAAAUUACAUGUUUUAUGAGUAAUUUAAGAAUAUCUUUAGAACUAUCAAAACACCAAUACGAGUCCUAACUAGCCCAAAAGUUACACUACAUUCUUCUUAUCACGUAACUGGGCUGCUGUGAGCUGAGAAAUAGCUCACUGCAAAUAUAAUAUAUGUCUGCUAUCAAGUAAAAGAUUUUAAAUAAAUAAAAUUUUAUUAUUGUAGUAAUAUAAAAAUAUUUGUGUUAGGACUUGCAUUAGAUUACGAUGGUUCGACUGAUACUUAAGUUAUAUGAAAUUAAUAAUGAGAUAUUGUUUCAAAAUUAAGUUUUAAAAUGUCUCAAAUCGACCUAUUUAUACAUAUGUUUAAAACAAAUAGGACGAUGAGGCUAAUUAUUAAUAUACUGUUUAAAUACGAGCUUGUAUGAAUAUAAAUGGAACAAUUUCGCGAUUGUAAAGAGAUUCUAUCAAAAUGAUGUAUCGAUAUAAAAGUAUCUUUUUAUUAAAUAUAUAUAUAUAUAUAUAUUUUUUUCCAUUCAGCGUAAAAUCGCAUGAAUAUUUAUUUACUAAUAAUUAUCAUUAAUUAUUUUAAGAAUAUUAUUUGUCAUUAUUUUAAAUCUCGUUCCUAAGCUAUUAUGCAUCUAACAUAUUAUUGUUAAAGGUGCGGUAAUAAAGCUAGAAAUUCAUACAUGCUCAUAUGUAUAACAGUACAUGUCUGUUUAAAUUUACUAAUAUGUGAAAUGGAAAGAAUAUAAUAAUUAUAUAUCAUCUCUAUAAUAGUAAUUUUAUAAUGCCAAUUAAUUACAUGCUUUUGUUAAUACAUGCCUUAUAACACGUUCGAGAUCGCAAGUACGUCGCAAGAAAUCAAAUAGCUCUCUUUUUGUCUAAAUACUAAAAGAAUGGAAAAGAUUAAUAAAAAGAAUUUAAAAAGUAUAAAAAAAUAAAAGAUAAAGUAAAAGAAAAAAGAUGUAUAAUGUCUUCUUGUAAACUAGCUAAAAUGGUUGAAUUGGAAAAGAGACUUGCGUUUGAUUUUUACUUAAAGAUAUAUUUUUAUAGAAAUACUAUGUUUAUUCUGUUUAAACAAAAUGAUUGUAAUAGAACCCUAAAACUAAGGAUCGUUAUUUUAACGUCUCUCAAGAGAUCCUUAUAUAGUUUACUACAUAUAUUAUGCAUGUAUUACAUACUCAAUGUACAUGGUACUCUUGUACAUGGGGGGAAAAAAAACAGAGAUAAAACUGUAAAUUUAUUAUACAGUAUAGAAGGAUACUUGUAGCUGUUGUGUAUGUACAGAAUUGACCUAAUUUGAAAUCAAAGUCUUAAAUAAAUGUUUUGCAUUCUAUAA